AUGCCGGCCGCCGAACCCCCUAUCGUGUCCACUGAAUCCGGUUUUGUCAAAAUGGACGACCGGAAGCGACCCGCUGCGGAUAGCAAUGAAUCGGCCCCGCCAUCAAAGAAGCAGGCCACCACUGUGAAUGGCGCGAGCAAGCCUCACCCCGAUGCCGAUAUGCCCUGGAAAGAAGACUUGGAGCGCUAUCAAAAAGAUGCGAUCUUACGUCAAAUGUUAGAAUACAAACGGGAGAAGCUUUCUUUGGAGUCGCAAGUGAGCCAAAUGUCUGAAGCAGCCAAAAUCAAUAAUGAUCGCCUUCGUAUUAUCGACUCCUGGUUUCGCCAGUUCCUUGACGAGAUUAAACUGCUACUGGGACCUUCCAAUGAUUCUUCAAACAACGACCACUCAUUCAAAAGUUCGCUACAAUUCCAUGACAACGAAGCCUUCGAGACUCACUUGAAGGAUCGAACUGACGAUAUUCGUGAAAUUAUUACUCGGCUCCAAUCAACUGUGGUCAAUGUUUCUCCCGAUGUUACAGAUCUCCAAAGCCAGUUGGCUAAGAAGCUCGCGGAGGAAAAGACUUUAAUUGCCGAUUAUGAGAAGACACUGGCCGACAAGCAGCAACUCGAAGAUAGUUUGGAAACAGCCUCAUUCCGAUACAUGAUGGCUGAAAAGAAACUGGACCGUGCAAGGAGUAUAACUGCGGCCAAGCUCGAAAAGGGUUACAUUAUGGGCAAUUCACGACCUGGCUCCGAGGGCGUGCAAACAAAGCGCGAGGAAUCAUCUCCUGCCAAUGGUGGAACCCCUGCUGGAGACCGAAGUGCUGAGCUGGAGGAAUCAAAUAAUCAACUUUCAGUCGUGUCGGAAAAGCAGAAAGAACAGUUGCAGAAGAUGGAGGCUGAGAAUGCCGAUCUCCUUACUCAAAUCACCGAGGCAAAGAUUAAGUAUUCUAAGUUGACGGACGACGACUAUGCGCAAACCGAUCUUUUCAAGCAACUUCGCUCCCAGUAUGACGAUGUAGUGAAACGCAUCAACCAUCUCGAAGCGACAAAUAUUCAAUUACGCGAGGAGGCCGAGAAGUACCGCUCGGAGAGAACUUCAUACAAAAUACAAAUUGAGGACGAGGCACGCAGCGCAAUGGCGGAGAAGGACAACCAAUUAGUGCGAGCAGAAACUGACCUGGCGCGGAUACGCAAUGUUCGUGAUGAGAUUUUGGCCGACCUUCAGAUGCGAAAGGCUGGUCAAGAUCAAGAAAAAACUACUAGUGCGAAGCUGCAGGAGUUGACAGAUGCCCGCGAAGCUCGGAUUACUGCUCUGGAAUCGGAGACGGAGAGACUACGACUGCAGAUCGAAGGGUCUCAAGCAUCGGCAAGUGUGGAGGAUAUUUCAUUUGAAGAUCUUCGGGCCAAAUACACAGGUCUGGAGCGUCAAUACGGCAUGCUUAACACCGAGUUGAGCUCGAUGCAGAUGGCGUACAAAAAGUUCUCCACAUUGGCUUCUCAGAAAGUAAUCGACUUCAGUGCUUUGGAGGAGAGGAUCACACGAUUGAUGGCAGAGAAAUCCAAGGCCGACCAGAAAUACUUCGCAGCGAUGAAGAGCAAGGAAGCUCGGGAGACCGAAGUUCGUACUCUCCGGGUGCAGAAUUCCAAGACCUCCGAUAUUGUCGCGCAACUCAAGGAUGCGGAAGCUACUACCCGAUCUUUGCUCUCCAACAUGGAAAAGCAAGCCAGCGAGACUAAAGAAGCUCUCAACUCGGUCCAAGAAAAACAUCGAUCUACUCAGCAACAAUUGACCGAGAGCACCAUCGUGCUGGAUGGAUUGAAACACCAGAUUUCUGAACUCAAGGCCCUCUCGACCUCGAAAGAUUCAACUCUGGGAAACACUACCACUGCUUUGCGACAAGCCGAGACCGAGAUCGUUGGCUUGAAGCAAAGUCUUGCCGACACCAAGAAAAGCCUUGAGGGAUGGAAAGGCAAGAGUCUCGGCAAUAACUCAUCCGAAUAUGAAAUGUUGCGGACCCUUGCCCUGUGCACCGUCUGCCGUCGUAAUUUCAAGAACACUGCAAUCAAAACAUGCGGUCAUGUCUUCUGCAGGGAUUGUGUGGAAGAACGGAUGUCUUCUCGUUCUCGCAAGUGUCCCAACUGCAACAAAUCCUUUGGAAGCAAUGACCAUAUGCACAUCACGCUCUGA